AUGAGCGCCACGCCUCGAGUGCGCUCCGGCGCGUUCCCCCAGACGCCGACCACCAUCCGCGUCGGCCGUGGCGCGCCACCAACACCUUCACCCAGUCCGCCCGUCGAUGACAUUCCCAAGCGCUCCUCCGCGGCACCCAAACCGCUGUUUGCAUCGGCACGCUCGUCCAAUAUCUCGACACGAGGUUCGACUGCCGCGGCGGGAGCAGCUGCGGCCGCAGAUUCUGCGGCACCAGGGCCUCUCAUCCCGCUGGACGUUAUUGACGCCCCGACGCAGCGUUUCUACGCCGUCGCCCUUUAUGUCCUCUUGAUUGCUUGGAAGUGCUACGACUGGGUGCAGCUGCUCGAGGACAAUGGCGAGUCGUUCUGGCUGUUCCUCAAGUGGAUCGGCCUCGACUUCGUCUUCCUGUUUGGACUGCCCGAGGUGCGCAUUCCGUGGCUCGAGCUGUCUCAACCUGUGACCACUUUCCUCUUCGUCUGCCAUGUCAUAACCGACUAUCUGCUCAUGUUCAACAUUGGCGUUCCCUGGCAUGCGUGGUUCCUCGGCCUGCUCAAGAUCUUUUACGACCGCGAGCUGUCCAUCUCUGAGCACUACGUCAAGGCCUCCAGCAUCUUGCAGAACUCGUCGCUCAUCUCCGGUCGCCAGAUCAUCAACAUAUUGCCCGAGGGCUCGGCCAUUUUGAACCCCAGCGGUCUGCCCUUCUGCAUCGGUGGUCCGGGGGGUGCGGCUGCAGGCAGCAAGACCAACAUUGCGUCUCUGCCGCUGUACUUCAACGCAACUAUCCCGGCCGAGGUCGAGCUUGUGCGCCUGGAUUUUGACACCAACGAGGAGGAAACGCUGCGUCUGACCAAGACGCAGCUCCGCGAGAUUUCCAAGCUCGUCAAACGUCAGGAGGCUUCGGCCGACGGCACGCUGGCUGCUGUUCGCUUUGAUGUGCCGGUCAAAAAGACGGGUGCGUACCGCCUAGGCCGCGUUCUCGACGAGUACAAGCUCGAUGUGCAGCGCCCGAGCCCCUUUUCGUUUGUCGUGUCUUGCCCCAGUGCUCGCGUUGGUGGCGGCGGCGAUCCCCUCUCGAAGCAAUCCUCCUGGACCUCUUCGUCGUCCUCAUCUGGUUCCAUCACACGCUGCCACGGUGAUCUGUCCGACCUGCUGCUCGAGGUGGAUGGCACGCCGCCGCUCAAGAUUGUCUACAGCCGGACCAUCAACGGCAAGGACCACAGCUUCCACUUCCAGAGCCUACAGCCUGAGGGCUUCGUGUCGCCGCUCCUGGGCACUGUCCCUUCACGCUCAUCUGGCUUGUCCUCUUCCGCUCCGUCGGCUCGCUCCCACGAGCCGCUUGACUCGGACGCUGUUGUUGCGGCCAACUUCCCCACUCAGGGGGAUGCAGACAUCUCUUGGGCCCGCUCUCGCCGCGUCUCUGUCGGCCUCAAUGAGACCAUGCACGUCGGCGGUGAGUGGCGCUACUCUAUUGACGAGGUCCACGACGCCUUUGGCAACGUUGCCAAGUACAACGAGCCCGUUGAGGAUCACGAGGUGCGCCCGCGCCCUCCCAAGCAUCUGGUCCAGAGCUUCCAUGUUCGCGAGCGCCCACGUAUCCGGCUCCAAGGCUGCGACCUUCGCCAGCCGCUCAAGGUCGCCCGCGGCAAGUCGACGGCCUUCCCCGUCCGCUACGACAUCCCCGGGGUGCGCCGUCCCGAAGACGGUACCGCCCACACGCUGACGUGGCAGUUCUCGCCCAUCGACACUCUCACAAAGAGUGGCGACCACGGCGACGUUGUGAGCCUGGCGACGUUCAACGCCCGCCAUGCCGACGAGAUGCCCACCAUCUCUACACCCGGUCUCUACACGCUCAAGUCGGUGUCGUCCGGCUCGUGUGAGGGUGAGGUGCAAGAGCCUGCGUCGUGCCUCCUGCUGAACCCGCUCGAGCCUAAGCUGGCGCUGCGCUCCGAGGGCAUACCCGACAGCUGCGGUGGCAACUCAAUCGGUCUUCGUGUCGAUCUUGACCUCGUCGGCACGCCGCCUUUCCUCGUACGUUACGACGUCAGCUCCAAUGGUGUCGUCCGCCAUGAAAAGGUGCAGGUCUCCGGCAUGCGCUACCAGCUCGAGCUGGUGCCCCGUGUCGCAGGCAACCACAAGUACAUCUUCCGCUCCAUUGACGACGCCGUCUACAAGUCCCAACCGCUUUCUGGCUCUGAGAUGACUCUGGAGCAAAACGUUAAACCCGCUGCCCGCGCCUCCAUCGAGCACCCCACGGGCAAGACCAACGCCUGUCUCCAGGAUUCGGUGGGCGUCGCUAUUGCGCUGUCCGGUGAAGCGCCCUUCACACUCGAAUACGUGCUUCUCCACGAAGGCAAGCGCCGCGCCUUCAAGCAGGAGAACAUUGACAAGUACCGCCACCGCAUCGAAACGCCCGCGCUCGUCCAAGGCGGCGAGUACACCCUGGCCCUCACGAGCGUGCACGACCGCAGUGGCUGCCGCACGUUCUUACAGGGCACUGGUGGCGAGCUGAAGAUCACGGUACGUCGCCAACGACCUCGUGCCGCCUUUGGCCUGCUCGAGAACAAGCGCCGCGUGUUUGUUGUUGAGGACGCAGUGGUGCGCCUACCCCUGCGUCUCACGGGCGAGGGGCCCUGGCGGGUCUCGUACCGGAACCUGGGCGUGGCGUUUGAUGAAGCUGGCAAACCCACCCACCCCGGCCCGCUGGUCACCCGCAGCCUCAACUCAGGCAAUGACUUCUUGCAAGUAUCAGAGCGCGGCACGUACGAGAUCAUCGAUGUUGCCGACAACCAGUGCGUUGGUCUGGUCGAUAACACAGCCUCUGUCUUUGAUGUCGACUGGUUCCCGCGGCCGAAACUCUCCUUUGUGCAGACCGAGGCCAUCCAGGAGAAGGGCAACCUGUUUGUUAAACAGGACGUCUGUGAAGGUGACGUUGACGGCUUCGAAAUUGACCUGCGCGGCUCGCCGCCCUACCAUGUGGAAUACGACGUGCGCCACAAUCCUGCCAAGGGCUCGCAAGGGUCACUGAUCCAAAAGCAGCUCGAUGCCGCGCUUGGCCGCGCCUCCAUCCAGAUGGACACUAGCAAGGCUGGUACCUACCGGUAUGAGUUUGCACCCCCGGCCGACACCCUUUAUAACAACAACCGAGUCAGCUCGGGCGGCAAAGGCGUCCCGGCGCUGGUCAUGCAGCAAACAGUCUACGCCAAACCGACGGCUGCUUUUGCCAAGGCCGGCCAGUCGUUCAAGUACUGCAUGACGGAGCAGGACAACGAAGACCGGAUUCCCUUGGUCCUGACGGGCGUGCCCCCUUUCUACGUCGAGAUGGAGAUCAAGCACCAGAGCGGUGUCGUGUCCGAGACCUACCGCGUGCCUUCUAUAAUGACGCACAACUACGGGUUACAGAUCCCGCGCCAGCACUUGCGCCCGGGUACGCAGCAGGUGCGCAUUCGCAAAGUCCGUGAUGCGCGCGGCUGCCAGCAGAAGACGGACGAUGUUCCGGGCGUCAGCGGCAAGAGUGGCUUGAGCGACUCGCUGCCGGCCUCCACGUCGUCUGUGCAAGUGCAGCUCUUUGAGGCACCUGCCAUCUAUGCGCUCGAGUCGCGCACGGACUACUGCGUCGGUGAGCGUAUUAGCUACACGCUGUCGGGCACACCUCCCUUUGAUGUGUGGUAUACAUUUGGCGGUGUUUCACGCAAGGGCGCGUCUGCCACGACCACAUUCCGCCGCGUCGCCGAGGCGCCCGGCGAGUUCACCAUCUCGGGCAUCAGUGACAAGGCGUCAGAGUGCCGUGCAGCAGUCAACCUGACACGCGUCAUCCACCCGCUGCCAUCUGUGCGCGUGUCGCAGGGCCGCACGUCGCGUGUCGACAUCCAUGAGGGCGGUGCCGUGGAGAUGAUCUUUGAGUUUGGCGGCACGCCGCCUUUUGAGUUCACUUACACGCGCAGCACCAACGCGCGCAAGGGCCAGCGCAGCCAAGUGCUCGAGACGCGCCACGACAUCUCGUACGAGAUGACGAAGACGGUGCGCGCGAGCCAGGAGGGCACAUACGAGGUGGUUGCCAUCAAAGACAAGUUCUGCGCCUUUUCGACACAGCGGGGCGCCGAGGGCGCCGAUGGAGGCAGCGGCAACAAGCGGAAUUGA